UGACCGAGCAGCUUUGCCUGCCUUUGUUUCCACUGUAGAUGAAGGGAGACAUGGAUCUUUCUGUUUUGCCCAAUAACAACCAUCCUGACAAAUUCCUGCAGCUUGACGUGAAGUCUUUAAUGAGGAGCCCUGCCCUUCUGCAGGCUAGCCUCGCGAGAUUUCCGGGUGGGAAUUAUCCUGCUGCACAACACUGGCAAAACCUUGUCUACUCACAGAGAGAAAAGAAGAAUAUAGGUGCUCAACGAAUUAAGGGAUCGAGCAGGGAGGGCUCUGUCGCUGCCGAUAGCCCUCCACCCUCCAUGUCCUCAGUCAUGAAGAAUAAUCCACUCUAUGGGGACUUAAGUUUGGAGGAAGCUAUGGAAGAAAGAAAAAAGAACCCUUCAUGGACCAUUGAGGAAUAUGAUAAACGUUCCCUGCACACAAACCUCUCCGGACAUCUGAAGGAAAAUCCUAAUGACCUACGAUUUUGGUUGGGAGAUAUGUACACGCCGGGUUUUGACACCUUAUUGAAAAAAAAGAAGAAACGUGAAAAGCGAUCAAAAUUAUGUCGCAUGGGUCUAAUUUUACUCCUCGUCACUUCCAUCUUGGUUACCAUAGUGACUAUCAGCUCUCUUUUCACCUAAAGAAACUGCCACUGAGUCACUUCGAAUGUCUUAAAAAGCUUUCUAAAUGUUUGCCGGAAAAACAUGUUCAUGCGUAUGAAUGUACUGUUGACUGUGUGAUUAAAUGUAAUUGUCUUGUAGAAUGUGAACAUUGUUUGUGACAUGCUGGCUUAUCUGCUUUCUUCUGUGAAACCUGUGUACAAAUUCUAGCUUGUGCUUUCUCCUUAGAGAAGUAGUAAUUCUGAGGAUGAAACCAUAGGAAAGUCACUAUAGGGCAACCAAAAUUAAUCAUUUCAAAAGAGAGUGAAACAGCAUUGAGUAUCAGCAGUUUUGUCUCAAUACUCAAGUCAAAUUCAUCUUGCUUUUAAAAUACCAGUAACCCCCUACCCCCACUCUAUUCUCCUGCAGGUAUGAGGGAAGUUUGAGUCACUCAUUUUUAAAACAAGGUGGUGAUAGGGUGGAAACUUUGUUCAAACCUAUUCUUGUUUCCCAGUGAUCAUUUAUAAUGACCCCGUUUCAUAUUGCCACUUUAGCAAAACUAAACUGGGACAGACUGUAGUUAGUUAAUUACAUUUAAUACAGUUGUGCUUAUUAAGUGAUCUGAAUGGGCUAGUGUGACCCCUGGUGGCAGUCAGUGAGUAUGUGUCUUCAACAAUGGCCUAGGUUGUGGGGACCCUAGAAAAGCAGGAAUACUGCCAAAAGAAGAGGCUUUGAAGCCUAAUUGCAGUUUGCUAACUGUUGGGCCGUAAGCAAGAUAUUCUCUGGGAGAAUGGUUAACACCAUUCUCUAAGGACUGUAACAGAGCCUCCCUAAGGACUACGUAAGAAAUGCAAGUAAGAAGUACUCCUGGUUCCUAAUAUCUAGUUGCUUAAUUAAAGGUAUUGCCAUUACUGAUUUGUGCUAAGUGGCAGACCCAGUUCACCUUCCAGUGCCUGCAGAUACUUGGAGACAGGUUCAGGAAUCUGACAGUCAAGUCAUCUUGCUCCCUUCCUCCUGCAACACCCUUCCCUCAGGCCCUCAUCCCUACUCCUUUCUCUUCUUUAAACAACCCACCCAAACGCUUUCUUGUGUAUGAAACAAAAGAGGGGUUUUCUCCUCUCAAUUAAAUAAAGCCAGCUUUCAUCCUUUGAUAUUGCCAUAUUAUUUUGCUGUAUUUUCUUUAAAGGUACUUGAAAAGAGUACAUUAAAGUGCAGCUUUACUGGACAAUAAAAUU